CCCAUCUUGGCUGCAGGUGACCAUCCGUACGAGUGCGAAUUCUGUGGGAGCUGCUUCCGGGACGAGAGCACUCUGAAAGGACACAAGCGCAUCCACACCGGGGAGAAGCCCUACGAAUGCAACGGCUGCGGGAAGAAGUUCAGCCUGAAGCAUCAGCUGGAGACCCAUUACAGGGUCCACACGGGCGAGAAGCCGUUUGAGUGCAAACUCUGCCACCAGCGGUCCCGAGAUUACUCCGCCAUGAUCAAGCACCUCAGGACCCACAACGGAGCCUCCCCUUACCAGUGCACCAUCUGCCUGGAGUACUGCCCCAGCCUUUCCGCCAUGCAGAAGCACAUGAAGAGCCACAAGCCAGAGGAGAUCCCGGCCGACUGGAGGAUAGAGAAGACCUACCUCUACCUGUGCUACGUCUGACGGGAGGAGGAGGAGGAGGAGGAGGAGGAGAGGAGCUGGAAAGGACUGGACAGAACCAACGCCCCCACCCCCACCCCACCCAUGGCUCCCUUCCCUUUUCCUUUUGUUACCCCCUCCUCAUUUCCUUUCUCAUUUUGCUUUCUCAGCUUCGUGGUCCUUAAGGCUGCAAGGAGCGGGAGGGUCAGGGAGAUACAAGGGAGAGGGAGGAGACCCCAUUGGGGGCCCUCAAAGAAUCCCCCCAAGGGAGCAUCCCCCCCCCUUCAACCCAUCCCCAGCCCUGGCCGGCUGUGAAGUUGUCUCACGUGGUGGCCGUGUCCCCGGGGCGGGGGGGUGCCUCGUGGCUCCAGGGACUCCUGGGGGGGUGGGAGACAGACGGCUAAUUUCUCUCUGUCGGGGUGUAAGCUGAGAUCCAGUCAAUCCCCUGAGCUGCUGCCUUGGUUACCCAAGAACCCUUGGAAUUGUAGCGCCAUGAGGCGGCUCCAAUGGGU